GAGGGAGGGGAGCCCGUGGAGGGCAGGGAAAAGAACUGGGGAGGAUGUAUCACUCCUAGAAGUCGGGUGGUAGACAGAGCUCUCAGGAAGACCUAUGCUUGCAGGACUCAAUAGAGAAGACAGACAGAAAGCCAUGGGAUUUUGCAGGACAAAGUCAAAUGUGAAGGAGGAGGGGAAAGAGAAAGCCGUGUUCCUGAGGAAGAAGAUCACCCUGGUGCGGGCCAUUGCACUGACUAUCGGCACAAUCGUGGGCAGUGGCAUCUUUAUCACUCCAAAAGGGGUGUUGAAAAAUUCUGGCAAUGUGGGUCUCUCCUUGAUUGUCUGGCUGGCUUGUGGGAUCCUCUCCCUGUUUGGUGCACUGUCUUAUGCAGACCUCGGAACAAGCAUCACAAAAUCUGGGGGCCAUUACAUCUACCUCCUAGAAACCCUGGGGCCUUUGCCAGCAUUCUUAAGAUUGUGGGCUGAAUUCAUUAUGAUCCGGCCUGCCAACAUUGCAGUGGUUUCCUUGGCUUUUGGUCGUUACUUAAUUGAGCCUCUCUUUGCCCCUUGCCAUGCCCCAGCCCUGGCUGUGAAGCUGGUCACUGUCACUGGUGUCUCUUUAAUCAUUGCUCUGAACUGCUGGAGUGUUAGCUGGUCUGCAAACAUACAGACAGUUCUCGCCUUCCUCAAGAUGGUCACCAUUGGCCUGAUUAUCGUCCCCGGGAUGAUGGCGCUAGCUGAAGGUCACUAUGAGAAUUUCCAGAAUGCUUUUGACACUAGGUCGCUGUCUCUGGACAAGCUGCCGCUGGCUUUUUACUCUGGAAUGUUUGCCUAUGGAGGAUGGUUCUAUGUCAACUUUGUAACUGAAGAAAUCAUAAACCCUGAAAGGAAUAUCCCACUGAGCGUGAUAGUGUCCUUGCUCAUCGUCACUCUAGGAUACCUUCUCACUAACGUCUCCUACUACACAGUCCUGACAGCAGAGGAAGUGCUGGCCUCUGAGGCUGUGGCUGUGAGCUUCACAGACAGAGCUUUUAAGAGCAUUUCCUCAGCAAUUCCAGUCCUGGUUGCUCUGUCCUGUUUUGGUUCUCUGAAUGGAGGAAUUUUUGCCGCAGCAAGGAUGUUGUUUGCAGCUUCCAGGGAAGGACAGUGGCCACCGCUUUUCUCCCUGAUCCAUAGCCGAAGAAAUACCCCCUUGCCUGCCCUUUUAUUAAUGCUACCUCUGAUCUACUUAAUGGUGUUGAUUGGUGAUCUCUAUGGCCUGUUGAACUUCUAUAGCUUUUCACGCUGGCUCUUCAUAGGACUGGUGACCCUUGGGCUCAUAAUACAUCGUUAUCGGCAUCCUGAGGUACCAAGGCCCUUCAAGGUGCCUCUGUUCAUCCCAUUGGUUUUCACAAUAUCAUCUCUCUUCAUCGUGGGAAUGUCCCUUUAUUCAGACCCUGUGAACACAGGCAUUGGCUGUGCCAUAACUCUGACUGGUCUGCCUGUCUACUACCUGGUGGUCCAGAAAUCAAGAAUACCAGCCAGCUGCAGUGCAAUGUUCAAUUCCAUGACAGUGAAGCUGCAGGUCCUGAUGGAAGUCAUCCCCCAGGAAAUCCAGACUUACUGAAGGCAUUUUGCAUCAGAGCCCAGACUUCACUCAAAAAGGCCCAAGAAAGACCCUCAUUAAUUCCAUUCUUGG